UUCAAACAAAACAAAAAAGUGUUUUUUUGAAACCGGACCGUUUGAGAGAUCUGGACACCACACCAUUGAGCAUAGCAACAAACUUUUGGUAUCGUACGCACUAUGCUCAUACACUGAGUCUGAAGAAAAGAAACGAUGAGCUUCCGUCUCUUAACCAAAGCAUGGCGACAAACCCAACCGAAUAACCGCUCUGCAUAUUCCUAUAUACUCCCUCGCUCUUUUUCUCGCCAAUCGCAACGGCCUUCAUUCGGCAUUUCAUUUGACAUCGACGGCGUCAUUCUCCUCGGUAACACUCCCGUCGGUGGUUCCCCGGCAGCCUUGAGAAAAUUAUACGAUGCCGAAGGUAGAUUGAAAAUCCCUUACGUUUUCCUCACCAAUGGUUAAUAGUUUUGUUUUAAAAUGAUAUACACUGCUUAUGAGCUGAGUGAACUGUUGGGUAUAAACGUCUCACCUUCACAGGUUUUGCAGGGCCAUUCACCAUUUAGACAAUUGGUUAAUAGAUUUGAGGAUAAACUCGUUGUUGCUGUGGGAAAAGGGGAACCAGCUUCUGUGAUGUCUGAAUAUGGUUUUAAAAAUGUUAUCUCAAUUGACGAAUAUGCUUCGUGCUUUGAGAACAUUGAUCCAUUGGCACCAUACAAGAAAUGGACAACCAAGCUGGCUGAUACUCAAAAUCCAAAAUUUGAUGAGAGUGGUCCACGAGUUGAUGUCUUCUCUGAAAGGGUUGAAGCAGCAUUCAUAGUCAGUGAUCCUGUUGAUUGGAGCAGAGACAUACAGGUUCUCUGUGACAUCUUGAAAACAGGAGGGCUUCCUGGAAGAAAUGUUGGGAUGCAGCCGCAUUUAUAUUUUGCAAAUGAUGACCUUGAGUACCAGACUAAAUUUCCUUCUGAACGUCUGGGCAUGGGAGCUUUCAGGAUUGCAUUAGAAUCCAUCUUUGAUAGGAUUCAUCCUCAUUCCCUGGAGUACACAUGCUUUGGUAAACCACAUCCAUCUGUAUUCAAUAAUGCAGCAACUGUGUUACAGCAACUUGUGCCAAGACUCGGUGAAGAUUUCUAUGAUAUAGAUCAUAAAAGCGCUCAACCUUUUCAAACACUUUACAUGAUUGGAGAUAAUCCUGCAGUUGACAUCAAAGGUGCAAGACAGACUGGGCAUCCUUGGUUUUCAAUCCUCACGAGAACAGGUGUUUUCAAGGGGAAGGAAAAUCAUGACAAAUUUCCAGCAGAUCUGGUUGUUGACACUGGAAGAAGCUGUGGACUACAUCUUGGCAAAGGAAUGCUCUUAAGUUGGUCUGGUCUACUUACAUUGCUAAGGAUAUGAUUUUUCGUAGAAAGGGUUCUAAAGAGAAAAUAUUCCACAAUUAAAAAUGUGAUUUCGUGAUAAGAAAAUAACAUAUAAUUUAUGGUUUAAUCGUGCCAUAAUCCAUUCAUUUGACACACUCUUAAUUGAUUAUUUUCCCAUUCGUUAUA